AUGAAGUGGUUAUUGACAACCUUUGAUGGAAACUACCAAAAAUUGAAAGAGCUGUUUGAUGGUCAAUACAAACAAUUUGAAAUUGGAAGAAAUCAACUUACAAGCUUCACUAACCGGUCAGAGAUUCAACUGGAGGAAGCAAAAACUGCUGUUUGUGCAUUGAAAGAAAUUUCUGAUCAAUUUGAACAAAAUAUUGAAAAGUUUACUCAAGAAUUCCGCGAUCGCAUAAAUCAAGAAUUGGAUUCUCUCAAAAAUGUUGCGACUGAACAUAACAAGGAAUUCGGAAAGGCUAUUCACAGCACAUUGUCAACAAUCAAUAAACAGGUUAAUGAUUGUGCGUCACAUUCAUCAGAAAUGUCACAAUUAUUUGACAACACUACACAAAAGAUGGAGAAUUUUGUUGAAAAGGAAUUUGUUCAAAUCCAGUCCUCAGGAAAAACUCCAGAACGUAAAAGUGGAAAAUUCACCGAAGUGCUUAUCAACCUCCCUGAAGCUGAAAAACUUUUUGAAGAGCAGAAGGGCCUUAUUACUCCCAAAAAGGAUGUCAAUUAUAAACGUCGUGAUUCAUUUUUGGAUUCUUCUUUUGUCUCAUCACUUGUUUCGCCUGAUACAUUAAAGUGUAAUUUGCAAGCAACAAAUAUUAUCAGUACAACAAAAACGGGAAGACUUGAACCAGUUGAUGAAGAAAAGAAGAAUGAGUGUGGUACUUCUUUAAGCUUUAAAUGA